AUGAACGUCGAGCAGAAGAAUGCUCUGCGUCAGCUCCAGUACGGUCCUUCCGUCAAGAUUGCUAUACGUUUUAAAGAGCCGUGGUGGACUACCAAGCUAAACAUUGUCGGCGGGCAAUCAUUCACAGAUCUUCCCAUUCGCACCAUCGUCUACCCAUCUCACGGGGUUGGCACUGAUACCCCGUCCACUGUGCUCAUUGCGAGCUACUGCUGGACCACUGAUGCGGAGCGCCUCGGCUCUCUUGCUAUGGCAGGGCAGAACGAAGUGCUGAAGGAGCUCGUACUUUGCAAUCUUGCAAGUGCACACGGUGAUCCAAUCACAUACGAAUUUCUGUGCAACCAAUUCCUCGACAUGCAUGUCAAGGACUGGACCUACGAUGUGCAGACAAUGGGCGCAUUCGCACAAUUCGGCCCCGGUGACUUCCAAGAUGUGUAUACCUCCCUCACUUACCCCGCAGCGAACAAACGUCUGCACUUUGCGGGAGAAGCGAUAAGCACUCGUCAUGCAUGGGUUGUUGGUGCGCUUGACAGCGCCUGGAGAGCUGUAUACGAAUAUCUUAGUGUCACAAAGCAAGACGAUAAAAUGGAGAGAUUCAAGGAAUUGUGGGGCAAAAAUGUGGAGUGGACGAGUCCAUCGGUACAACCCCAAUAUGACCAGUCCGGCCAGCCUCUCUUGUCUGACUUGCUUUACGAACACUUUGGGCUGAUUGAAGCGGCUAUCGGAGUUGGGGAAAUCAAAUAUUAA